GUAUAGUGUUUUCUAUAUACUUAUAUACCAGAAAAUGAAAAAGACUUUGUAAAAAUGCAUUUGUAAAUUUACAUUCGAGGUUAAAUUUUUAUAAAUAAUCACCAAAAUAGUCCAGUUUGUCAUAAUGCUUUUGGUUUGAGGCAUUUUGCAUGUUCAAAAGUUUAUACUGAUAACUUGUAGAUAUACAUUAGCAUAUGUAAAUUAGACAAUAUUGUGUACAUGUCAUGGAGAUGUGGUCAAAUGAAAGCGAGGAUAAGUGCUCAAAAGCAGUGUUUUCUCUACCAUUGAAACCAGAAGAGCCUCUUCCUAGUGACUGUUGUGGUUCAGGUUGUACACCAUGUGUUUUUGAUAUCUACGAAGAAGAUGUACGAAAGUGGGAACGAAAAUGCAAAGAAAUCACAAGUGGUGCAGCUUCGUAUUCAUCUGAUUCAUGUGAAAUAAUCAGUCGUUCAGAGUUCAAGGAGUUUGAGUUGGAGUCAAUGAAGAAGGUUGCUGAAAAGUGUUGGGUUUAUAGGUUUAUGAUCCCAGGAGGAAAAAGACUGGGGUUGAACGUUGGAGAACAUCUUAUUCUAAGGAGCGAUAUGGACGAUCCACCAAUCACAAGGCAGUACACUCCCAUCUCACCUUUAGAUGCCUGUGGUUACUUUGAUGUUCUUAUCAAGAUUUAUGAAGAUGGUAAGAUGUCCAAGUAUGUGGAGACAUGGCAGGUUGGAGACAAGGUCAAAUGGAAAGGACCUUUUGGAAAGUUUAUAUAUACGCCAAACAGGUACCAUCAUAUCUGCAUGCUGGCAGCAGGAACUGGUAUUGCACCCAUGAUCCAAGUCCUUCAGUCCAUACUUGAUAAUGAUGAUGAUGAAACAAGAAUCAGCCUGUUAUACACAUGUCGUACGUAUCAAGAGAUCCUGAUGAAGGAUGUACUGGAUGUCAGUACUGAUCACUGGAAUUUUAACGUUAUGUAUGUCAUCAGUAGGGAAGACAAACCAGGCAACGAGACCCGAGUUCGUUAUGGAGAUAGAAUCCAUUACGGGCGUAUCGACAAAGAUCUUCUAUCCCACGAGAUUCCCGCUCCAAGCAAUAAAGUCUUUGUAUUGAUCUGCGGGACCAAAUCUUUUGACAAAGACAUGAUCAAUUUUCUUAGUCAGCUUGGGUACGAUGGAUCAACGUACUUUAGAUUCUAAGAAAUGAAGGGACUAGUACCCAGAUAAGAGCCGAGGAGUCUACAGGUAGCCCAAGCUAAGAAUGCAAUUGUAUAUAUAUUAUCUUAAGAUGUUAAGCUAAGUUGUCGAUGGACCAAAUCCAAUAGACCUCCGCGGCUUGGGGUAAUGAUUUCCCAUUUCAGACCACGUGUCAUUCCCUUGAGAAUAAGAUUCUUUGUUUGAGCUGUAUCCAUAUUCAUGUGUCUUCUCGUGUGCAACCGAGCGCAAACCUUAAACAAAGAAAUGAUACUCUAGGGAAUGACAUGUGGUCUGAAAUGGGAAAACAUUAUGUCAGAGCCGAGGAGGUCUAUUGUGCAUGAGAGCAUUCAGAGCACGUUUCAUUCCCUUGAGAAGAAUAUUCUUUUUCGAGUUGUAUUUUCAUGUGUAUUUUCGUGCGCAACCGUUAAACAAAAAAAUGAUACUUGAACUCAAAUUACCUUAAAACGCCACCAAAUUCUCAUCAAAUUGAUGAGCCACGAGCUUCCAAGAAAGCCAAAUGACAAAAAAAACAUGGUGGCCAUGUUGGUGGUAUUAACGAUGGAAGCUAAUGAGAAAUGUUUUGUGAAAUACCACCAACAUGGCCGCGAUGACGUAACAUGCUAUCGAAGAAUAAUACGAAUGCACAUAUGUCUUGGAAUGAGAGCAAAAUUAUUGAAGUGCUCCCAGAUACCUUUAGAUAACUUUUAUUUAUUAGGCACGAGAGUUUUAUGCCUGACUUCACAAUACGUCCAUUACAUACAUUGAUGGGCUCCUUAUUCCCGUACCAGACACAGUAACAUAAUUCAAAAGAACGAAGCUAACAAAGAAUACAAUAGGUUUGCGUUACAUGCAGAAGGACCCCAUGUUAAAAUAUAUGAACAUUUAAGUCUCGUUAGGAGAUAUCCCUCGUGCCUCUGCUAUAUUAGACUAUAAAAAAUUGCUGGCUUACAUAUCUUGAUAUACUUUACUUUAUUAUUUAGUACCUCUAUUUGAUAAUAUUUACGAGUUAUGAAUACAUGGACUAACAAAAACAUUAGGUACAAGGCUGAUAUCAUAUGACAAACAUACGCUUUUUCAAAAUCGUCAAGACAUAUAUAAAAUAUAAUAGCAAUAUUCCACUUUACAGUUCCAUUCAGUGACCACGAAUAAUAGUUCCAAGCCGAGGUUGGAGUAGCCUCCUUCGCAGCCGUUCUUAGAGUCGUGGGGAGGGAAACGUUGCGUGACGACCCUAAGAACGGCUGCGAAGGAGGCUAAGGUUGGAGUUUCCUCGCACAGCAAAACUAUAAUCUUUAUCAUGUAAAGCAACGCCACCCACUGCUUGGAGCUAUUAUUUGUGGUCACUGAAUGGAACUGUAAAAUGGAGUAUUCAACACGACCGCUUGUUUUAAUAUACUAUGAUAUAAAGAUUUAGAGCACGCGAAGAACAAGAAAAACAUCGAGUUGCAACUCGUGUUCCUAAGCUUACUGGUUCUCUAGUGGUCUACAGAUUCCUACGUUAAAGUUCCUAAUGCAGACUUUCCUAUAAUAUUUUGUACAGUUUCUACAUUAUUUUUAUGUCCGAAUCCAUGUAUAUCCCUUAGAGAUUUCCAAAAAUAAACAAUAGUUAACCUCCA